GGCCGCCGCCGCCCGCCCGUCACGUGCUACGCCGGGACACAGGUUCCUACCGCCGCUUCCGCGCACUGCGUUCCGAGCCGGCGCGGGGGCACCUGCCGCUCCCGCCGUUCCGAGAGCCCGAGGCCGGCCGCGCCGCCCUGCCCCACACGGCUGCGGAGGCCUCGGCAUGGGGCUGCUGUCGCAAGGCUCCCCGCUGAGCUGGGAGGAGACGCAGCGGCACGCGGAGCACGUGCGCAAACACGGCAUCCUCCAGUUCCUGCACAUCUACCGCGCCGUGGCCGAGCGCCAGAAGGACGUUCUCAAAUGGGGGGACGAGGUGGAAUAUAUGUUGGUAGCUUUUGAUCAUGAACAUAAGAAAGUACGUUUGUCACUAACUGGAGAAGAAGUUCUUUAUACACUGCAAGAGAAGGGGGAAAGAGUCAAUCCCAACCACCCAACACUUUGGCGUCCAGAGUAUGGAAGCUAUAUGAUUGAAGGGACACCUGGGCAGCCAUAUGGAGGAACCAUGUCUGAAUUUAACACUGUACAGGACAACAUGAGGAAACGACGGCAGGAGGCUGCUUCUGUGUUGAAAGAAGAUGAGGCUCUUUGUACUGUGACAUCAUUUCCAAGAUUAGGAUGUCCUGGAUUUACGCUACCGGAAUGUGAGCCGACGCCAGUAGAAGGAGGCGCUUCAAAGUCUCUCUUCUUUCCAGAUGAAGCUAUCAACAAACAUCCUAGAUUUAGUACUCUGACCAGAAACAUUCGACACCGAAGAGGAGAGAAAGUAGUGAUAAACGUACCAAUAUUUAAAGAUAAGAAUACUCCAUCACCACUUAUAGAAACAUUUCCUAAGGAUGAUGGAGAAGCAGCAAAAGCAGCUAAACCAGACCAUAUAUAUAUGGAUGCCAUGGGUUUUGGAAUGGGCAACUGCUGCCUUCAGGUAACAUUCCAGGCUUGCAGCAUUUCUGAAGCAAGAUGCCUUUAUGAUCAGCUAGCCCCAAUCUGUCCUAUUGUGAUGGCAUUAAGUGCGGCAGCUCCAUUCUACAGAGGCUACGUGUCGGAUAUUGAUUGUCGCUGGGGAGUAAUAUCUGCAUCAGUAGAUGACCGAACACGAGAGGAGAGAGGAUUGGAGCCACUGAAGAACAACCAUUAUAGAAUCAGUAAAUCCAGAUAUGAUUCCAUAGACAGUUAUCUAUCUGAAUGUGGUGAAAAAUACAAUGACAUUGAUUUGACAAUAGAUAAAGAAAUCUACGAGCACCUAGUAAAGGAAGGUAUUGAUCAUCUUUUGGCACAACAUAUUGCACACUUAUUUAUUCGAGACCCGUUGACUUUGUUCGAAGAGAAAAUACAUCUAGAUGAUGCAAAUGAAUCUGAUCAUUUUGAGGUUCAGUUAACAGACUUCGAAAACUCUGCAUAUGUUGUGUUUGUGGUAUUGCUAACCAGAGUGAUUCUGUCAUAUAAACUGGAUUUUCUCAUUCCUUUGUCCAAGGUUGAUGAAAAUAUGAAGGUAGCCCAGAAACGAGAUGCUGUUCGGCAGGGAAUGUUUUAUUUCAGAAAAGAUAUUUGUAAAGGUGGAAAUGCUGUUGUAGAUGGAUGUGGCCCAGCACAGAAUGGGAAAGAGACAGAUGCAGAAGAGUACACCUUGAUGAGCAUAGACACAAUCAUCAAUGGAAAGGAUGGUGUCUUUCCUGGCUUAAUCCCAAUUCUAAACUCUUACCUCGAAAACAUGGAAGUGGAUGUGGACACAAGAUGCACCAUUCUGAACUAUCUGAAGUUAAUUAAAAAGAGAGCCUCUGGAGAAUUAAUGACAGUUGCUCGGUGGAUGAGGGAGUUUAUUGCAAACCAUCCUGACUACAAGCAAGAUAGUGUGAUCACUGAUGAAAUGAAUUACAGCCUUAUUAGGAAAUGCAACCAAAUUGCACAAGAAAAAGCAGAGUGCCCUGAAUUACUUGGAGUAGGAUUUAAGAAAAUAAAACACAGUGGAAAUAAAACUAGCUCUUUUUAAUGAAAUGCUUGAAUACCGAGUAGAAAGUGUAAACAUUCUAGUGAAGAAUGAGUUACAGUACCGUGUAUCCAGUAGUUUCAGGUUGUGAAGACCAAAACAGGUAGUACUGCACCUAACAUGGGCCAAUCUGCCUAGAUAUUCAUUUAAGGCUUCCUAAAAUGGGCAUAUUCUUAUUGUUAAGGUUUAUACAGUGUACAUGUAAAUAGUAAAAUAUUUUUAUGACUAACAUCAGUGUAUUUUAAUAACAUUGUACCUAAAGUUGUUGUGAACCAGCUUGUAACUUUUUUAUGCUUCUUCUGGAAAAAAAAUUACUGUCCUGAACAACUUCAUAAAUGUAAUAUAAUGGUACUUGUAUAUUGUAUGCAUUCCAGAUAUUGAAUGUUGACUGUAAUUUUUUGUUACCUGGAAUGUACUAAUCUACCUAAUUUUAAAGAAAAUGUUGGGACCUGAUUCACAGAACUUUCCUUUCCAUCCUCCGUUGAGUAUAUAAAACAGAAUAAAUUGACAUGUUCCCUAUUUGUUCAUCUUUGUGCCAGUCCCUUGGCUACCACAACACCUGCAUGCACUUAUCAACCACAGACCAGUAGAAUCUGCUCAGUCUUCACUCAAAUAUGCAAAAUCUGCUCAUUUCCUGAUGAGCAGAGCCUAAGGGAUGGCUUGACAAGGCUCUUUUGGACAACCACACCACAUGCACAAAAGCUUCAGAAAUAAAUGCAUCCUUUACUGGAUAUAGUCUGGUAAAUUCCUGUGUUCUAACAAUUCCAGAAAUAGAUUUUACCGUGGAUGACAGUCUUUCAAUUUAAACAUGGAGAGAGAGAGAGAGAGAGAGAACUGGAAUGUUAAAGGAAUGCUUAUGUGAAAGGUGAAAUGGCUGAGAAGUCUGCUCUAUUUUGUGCUGCUCUUUAGUUUUAUUUUUUUCCAACUGCUGCUGUUCCUAAAGUCAACAGAGUGCAACACAAAAGCAAGAUGAGAACAUAUAUUAAUUCCUUUUCUAGCCUAAUUCACUCCUCCACCCCUGACUUUACUAAAUGUUUCUGUCAUCAACACGCUAACUUACUAAUAACUAUUGCUGAGCAUUGUAAGCACAGGUUAAUCCCUGCAUAAAAUCAAUCUAAAGAGAAAUCAUGGAAUGCACUAAUCCUUUUGUGAAUUGGGAACCUGCAGUUUAGAGAGAUUGUAAAUAAUUUAGAACUUGACAAUUACAGCUGUAUAUAACCUAAAUUUAUGGGGACUUUUUAAUUUAGUUUAUUAAAUGGCUUCUAAAAGUGACAUACUGUAUGGCAGAUUAUGCAAAGUUUAAUACAAGCAUAUAUAAAUAUCUAAGGUGUAAUCAUUUUAAAAAGGAACUAAUGGAGAAAUUGUAAUGAUGCUGCACCAGAAAAAGCUUUUAUGUAUCAAUAUUAGAACUUGUGCUGUGUUCAUAGGUGUGCUUUAGAGAAUGAAAGAAUGCCUGUUUCUUUUUUUGGUGAACCUGUUUUAAUCAAGAUGUAGAUGGCAGGUGAUAUGCUCAUUAGUUUGUGGAAUAUGGAAAUAAAAAAUGAACUUUGCAGUAUA